GAAUUUCCGAAUCAUUUUCCUCCUCUCGUUGGAUCAUCAUCAUCAUUUGAAAUAAAUAAAAAAAAAAGAAAGAAAUAGAAAAUUUCAUAAAAUAAAAUAAAAUGAAGGAACAAAACGAAACGUCCUCUGUUUCUUCACUUCCUCUCUUUCACUGUGGGCCGGGUUUCUGUUGGUUUAGAGUUCAGUUUAGCAGCAGAGUUUCACUUCGUAGCGUCCGCUGAAAAAAACCUCAGCCAGCACGCGCGCCCACACACACACACACACUCACACACUCAUCUUCUUUUUCUUUCCCUUUCCUUUGUUUCUUCUUCUCUCCAUUUCCCCUUUCAAAAUCAUGGAGAGCUCUGUCCUCCACUCUCCAUAUUUGGCCACCGCCACCUCCGCCGCCUUCUCCCGCCACCUCCGUACCCGCUUCUCCUCCUCCGCCUCCGCCGCCGCCGCUCUCAGCCUCACACCUCCCUCAACCGUCACUCCUAAAUUAUCCUCUUUUCAUAAUCCCAAGCCCUUUAGAUUCUCCCCCUUAAUCGCAAAACCACCCCUUUCCGGUAAAUUGGUUCCCCUUUACGCCACCGGUGAUGAUAGUGGAAAUACAAAUACGCCCUCGUCCGCUGAAUCAAAGCCCGCCGUCGUUACUCCACAGGGAGCCAAAAUCAUUCCUUUAAUCAUUUCAGUAUCUAUUGGGUUGAUUGUGCGGUUUUUAGUCCCCAGGCCGCCGGAGGUUACCCCUCAAGCGUGGCAACUUUUAUCCAUUUUUCUCUCAACCAUUGCCGGCCUUGUCCUCAGCCCAUUGCCGGUUGGGGCCUGGGCGUUUCUUGGAUUGACCACCUCAAUUUUCACCCGGACGCUGCCUUUUACCACUGCUUUUAGUGCGUUUACAAAUGAAGUAAUUUGGUUGAUUGUUAUUUCCUUCUUUUUCGCUCGUGGGUUCGUGAAGACGGGUUUAGGUGAUCGGAUUGCGACUUACUUUGUGAAGUGGUUAGGGAAAAGUACGCUUGGGUUGUCUUAUGGAUUGACGUUCAGUGAGGCUUUGAUUGCUCCGGCGAUGCCCAGUACUACUGCCAGAGCCGGCGGCGUGUUUUUGCCGAUUAUUAAGUCGCUCUCCCUUUCAGCAGGGAGUAAGCCCGGCGAUCCCUCUGCUAAGAAGCUAGGAUCGUACUUAGUUCAAUCCCAAUUCCAGUCUGCUGGUAACUCUAGUGCUCUUUUCCUAACUGCUGCAGCUCAAAACCUUCUGUGUCUUAAGUUGGCUGAAGAACUUGGGGUGGUCAUUGGAAACCCUUGGGUUUCUUGGUUCAAGGCUGCUAGCUUACCUGCAUUGGUUUGCCUUAUAGUUACCCCUCUAGUCUUGUACACACUUUAUCCUCCUGAAAUGAAGGACACACCGGAGGCACCUGCUAUGGCAGCAAAGAAGCUGGACGCAAUGGGCCCUGUCACGAAGAAUGAAUGGGUGAUGGUUGGAACAAUGCUUCUUGCUGUGUCCUUGUGGGUCUGUGGGGAUGCUCUUGGUAUUCCAAGUGUGGUUGCUGCCAUGCUGGGUUUAUCAAUAUUGCUGUUGUUGGGAGUACUUGAUUGGGAUGACUGUCUAAGUGAAAAAUCUGCCUGGGAUACUUUGGCUUGGUUCGCAGUACUUGUUGGUAUGGCGGGUCAAUUAACAAACCUUGGUAUAGUUGGCUGGAUGUCAAGCUGUGUUGCAAAGGUCCUGCAGUCUCUAUCACUUAGCUGGCCUGCCGCAUUUGGUGUGCUUCAGGCUGCUUACUUUUUGAUCCAUUACUUAUUUGCUAGUCAAACUGGCCAUGUGGGAGCAUUGUAUUCUGCGUUUCUUGCUAUGCAUUUGGCUUCUGGGGUGCCUGGUGUACUGGCAGCACUAGCUUUAGCCUACAAUACAAACUUAUUUGGUGCUUUGACUCAUUAUAGCAGUGGUCAAGCUGCUGUAUACUUUGGAGCUGGUUAUGUGGAUCUUCCUGAUGUCUUCAAAUUUGGCUUCAUAAUGGCUGUGGUGAAUGUGCUGAUCUGGGCGGUUGUUGGUGGUUUCUGGUGGAAAUUCUUGGGUCUAUAUUGAUUUUUUUAAAUCUUAGUGUAAGUAGAGUUUUCUCGGGUUCACAUAUUUGUGGUACGAUGCAUUUUGUCUGAAGCAUACGCAAGCAUUUAGAAAGAUCAGGGAAAAAAAAAGGUCAGGAUAGCAUUUUGGUUCUCUUGCAACUUCUGCAGAACACCAAUGUAACUUGCUUCUACUUUCUGUGACAAUUUGGAAGAAAAAUUUUGACUUUCAAUGGGAAUUGAAAGCUAACGAUUCUGCAGCAAAUUUCAUCAUCAUCUCUAUGACAGUUAUCUACUACUAAGUUUUGUUCCUCAUUUUUCUUCUUGUCAAUGCAGUUGAUUUAGACUACUUGUAAGUUGUUUUUUUUGGAAGGGGUACUUGUAAGUUGUUAUGAGGGGAAAAGAAAUGAAAAUGAUCCUUUACAAACUGUGGACAAGACAUUGCAAAUGUCCAGUUUUUGUGUCAAGGAACUUGGAAUGUUUCAUUAGUAAAACAGUAUCGUUGCAUGUAUUAAUAAAAAUAUUCCAUUUUGAGACGGAAAGAAACUAUACUAAUGAAACACUAUCAAUACGCAAAAGAACAAC